CGGGGGGACCAAGGCAUGGUGGGGGGGAGUCACGGGCCAACCUGCGCGCGCGCCGCACGUGCGAUCAACAACAUUACACGACUUGAAACAUUGUGCUGUGCUGUUUAACAUGUGUGCUAUAGGAUUUCAUUCUUAAAACGAUGACAGACUACGAGCAGAUCAAGGCCGGCUGCCUGUCCCGGGGCGAGCUAUGGGAGGAUCCCGACUUCCCGGCCACCCAGUCGUCGGUCUUCUACUACCAGACGCCGCCGUUCAACUUCGUCUGGAAACGGGCUAAGGAGAUAUACACGAAUACGGUGUUUGUCCAGGACAAUAGUGAUACUUUCGAUGUUAUCCCGGGUAAAAUGGGCGACCGCUGGCUGGUGUCGUGUCUCGGGGUGCUAUACCUCAGCAAGGGUCUGUUCUACCGAGUGGUCCCAGCCGACCAGAGGUUCGAGGAGCCGUACACAGGAGUCUUCAGGUUCCGGCUGUGGUGGUGCGGGCAGUGGGUGGAGGUGCUGGUCGACGACCGACUGCCCACGGUCAACGGGCGGCUGGCCUUCCUGCAGACCGCGCACUCCAACCAGAUGUGGCCCUCGCUGCUCGAGAAGGCUUACGCUAAGCUGCACGGGUCAUACGAAGCGCUGAAAUACGGCAGCCUCCUGGACGGCUUGGCGGACCUGACUGGCGGCAUCACGGAGUCCAUACCCCUGGUGGGGCUGAACGACGCGAGCGCCCUGUACAACCUGCUCAAGACCACUAGUGUGGUUACUUGCGCGCACCAUACUUCCCCCAAUAUAAACCAAGAGAACAUUAAUGGCAUCGAGCUAGACAUGAAUUAUAGAAUAUACAAUGUGGAAAAGGUGGAUUCGACUGAAGGGCCGCUGUAUCUGGUCCGGCUAUGUAGGCCGCCCGGACCGGGAGACGCGCCGAUUACUCAUGUAGUUUUAGAUGGUUCCAAAUGGAAAGCGAUACCGCUUCACGAGCGGGAACGCCUCACGUCCAUCCACCAGGGCUUCUGGAUGCUCUUCUCCGAGCUCUGGAAGGUGUUCACCCACAUCGAGCUGGUCCACCUAGACGCGGAGACCAGCAGGGACGAGGCGUCGCUGUCGGAGAAGCAUCGGUGGCACAUGAGGAUGCACCAGGGCGAGUGGAGGAGAGGGGUCACGGCUGGCGGAUGCAGGAAUAAUGCAGAAUUCUUCCACAUGAACCCUCAAAUCCAACUGUCGCUGGAAGAGACGGACUCGGUGAUCAUCUCUCUGAACCAGCACAGCAUCAUGGAGCCCAAGGUCAUCGGCUUCAGUGUCUACAUGCUGAAGAAGCAGAGCUUUACGGAGACAGCUCCGGCGGCUUUCUUCAAGAAGAUGAAGUCCACCAUCAAUUCCCAAUAUACUAACAGCCGGCAAGUCAGUCACAGAUGCAAACUAGAACCGGGCGCGUAUCUAGUGCUCCCAACGACCUUCGAGCCCCGUGAAGAAGCCAACUUCUCCCUUCGAGUGUUCUCGAGCAAGACGAUCAAAAUGAAGGUUCUGGAUUCCCCGCCAAAGAUAUUGCGGACGGCGGUGGUGCGGGCGCCCCCAGGGUUCGAAGCCAAGAGCUUCGUGCAAUACGAAGCGGUGUUUCUGCAGUUGGCCGAUGAGCACAGGACUAUUGAUGCCUUUGAGCUGCAGGAGUUGCUUGACGCUUGCUUACCGAACGACUACAUCAAGAGUUGCGCGUCCAUAGACACGUGCCGGCAGAUCGUACUCACCAUGGAUACGCGGGGCACGGGGCGUAUAUCACUAUCCGACUUCAAAGACCUGAUGUGCAGCCUCAAAUAUUGGCAGGAUGUGUUCAGAGCCCACGCCCGGGAGAAGAUGGGGGUGCUCCGGGCCGAGCGACUCCGGGACACUCUCCGGGACGUGGGCUUCGUUCUACCGGAGCGGGCGCUGGCGCUCCUCAUCCUCAGGUACAUGAGGAAGGACGGCAUGCUGCGCUUCGGAGACUUUGUGUCGGCCGUGCUGCAUCUACAGCGGGCUUUUAAUGUUUUCAAUGCCAAGGAAGCAUCGCAUUCGGGAUGCGUGAAUCUUAGUCUAUCUGAGUGGCUAAAGUGUUCACUAAUGUGCUAGCCGCGACCAUUAUGGAAGAAGAAAGAAUAAGUAAUUGUAAAAGAUAUAGAGCGAUCAAAGCCACAAAGAGUUCGCAAUAAUGAUAUGUAUUUCUACAAAAUAUCUAAUAUUCUCUUUGUGUUACAAAUGUAUCUGGAACAUCCAUUUUACUUUAUAAAUUAUUAAUAUUAUUAUAUAAAAAGUAUCAAUACACAGUUUUAAACUGAGAACGUUAAUUUCAACUUAAGUACUGACGAUGAAAUUGACUGAACCCGUCGUGUACUUGACUUGAACUUAAGUCCGUCUUCCAGGCGGGGAUCGAGUUUUUACACGGUUCGAGCAUUGAUAAGUAAAACUCAAUUUAUAUGUCCCCCCUUAAGGGUAGGUAGUACAGGCCGCACUAUCUAAGCGUCUUACAAAUUCUCGUUUACUUUUCGCUACUCGAAUGGUGAGACUAUGACUAGAAAUUCUGUAUUGUUUAAAUAAUUUAUAAAGUGUAAAUAGCUACAUAAUGUAAAGUAAGCAGAUUUUUACAUCAGGUAAACAUAAUUUAUUUCAUAUAGGUGUUUUUAAAUGUAAGGUACAUACCUAUUUCAAGAAACAUUCCAUAAAAUCUGUUUUUUUAAUAUCAGAGACUAAAUUGACAGAUUCUGAACGGUUCAUCAACAAUAGAUUGUCCCGCCAAUAGAACGAUACUUCACUUAAUCGCGGGACAAUCGAACUGUUCAGAAUCUG